GGCAGCUAAAGUUGCUGAGCAGCAGGAGAGAGAGCGAGCAGCACAGCAGCAGAAUUCCUCCCCCCGGGCAGGCACUCCUGUCGGGGCUCUUAUGGGGGUGGUGCCGCCACCAACACCAAUGGGAAUGCUCAAUCAGCAGUUGACACCCGUUGCAGGCAUGAUAAGUGGCUAUCCAGCGGUGCUGCCACCUUUGCAGGGCCCAGUUGAUGGCAUUGUUAGCAUGGGCAGCAUGCAGCCACUUCACCCAGGGGUGCCCCCACCCCACCAACUUCCGCCAGGUAUGCCAGGCAUCCCAGGCAUCCCACCACCCGGUGUUAUAGGCCAAAAUGUGACCCCCAUGGUAGGCACUCCAGCACCCGGAGCAAGUCCUUUUGGACAGCAGAUAGGAAUCCUUGGCCCGCCAGGACAGCAGGCACCCCCUCCGUAUCCCGGCCAGAGCCCAGCGAGUCAGCCAGUUAUGCAGCAGCCCACAACUCCCAUGUUCGUCUCCCCUCCACCAAAGACACAGAGGCUUCUUCAUUCUGAAGCCUAUCUGAAAUAUAUUGAGGGGCUUAGUGCUGAAUCAAAUAGUAUCAGCAAGUGGGACCAGACUCUUGCAGCACGAAGACGAGAUGUCCACCUAUCAAAAGAACAAGAGAGUCGACUCCCUUCACACUGGUUGAAAAGUAAAGGGGCUCAUACCACAAUGGCUGAUGCAUUAUGGCGUCUGCGAGACUUGAUGCUACGAGACACCCUUAAUAUCCGUCAGGCAUACAACAUAGAAAAUGUUUAGUCACAUAAUUGCUUCUUUCUUUGAUACCGGCAUAUAAGGAGUUUUGUGGAACAAUAGCUGUUUUAGUUACUGGGUGGGGAGAGAUAACCAACAAUAAUUUGUAUUGCAUUUUACUGUACAUUGCAAGACCAUUUUUAUAUAAGGACACUUUUAAUAAGCAUAUUUCACUUUUUGUUAUAUUAAGUUGACUUUAUCAAAUACACGGAUUUUUGCAUAUGUUUCCUUUGUUUGAAAGGCGAUUUCAUAAUUGGUUAAGUGUAGUCAAGGAUUCAUCUUUCUUAUACUUUAUUGCUGAGAAUCUGAUGCCAUUGUUUUUAUAUAAAAGAAGAAAAA